UUAAACUGCCACCAUAACAGAUUACAAAUACCCCUGAGUAGUCUCAAUACACACAAAUGAAUAUCACAACACAGGGCAGGCAGACUACAGAGAUAUUAUGGGACAUUUUGUUAUUGAAAACCGCAGGAGCUUUAUUUCUACUGAAUAUCUAAGGGGAGGGAAAAGAUGAAAUGCCAUGAAGACUUUUGUUUUGUAAAGGCUGUAAUGACUGUUGUCUCUUCUGCUCCCUCGCUGCUGACUACAGCCCUCCUCCUUCAUCUAAUUGAAUCCGAGCCAUGUGAUAGUAGUGACACGCCCCCUAGUGUCUCAUGUCCGCCAGGCUCCUGGAGUUUGAUAACCUUGCUCUGCGUCCGGGAGCAUCACUGAAGGAAUGUGAAUGUGGCUCCGGAUGUCCUCGCCUUGUUGCUAAUUGUUGCUGCAGCCCCCCGGAGGGUCUCUCGCAUGGUGAUCGGGGCUCACCCCCGCUCACUUCUCUUCCCUGUCCGCUCGGACCUACGAUGAUAAGCACCGAGAGUGUUUUGGAGAGUGGAGACCAGCCUUGCAUCGCUCUGGAGCCCCUGAAGAACACGCACUUGCCGGGCAAGGCGACGCCGGCCGGCGGCGGCUGCGCUGCGCUCGCGGACGGCAACCCCAAAGUGACGGCCAACGGGGUGCACGACAUCGAGGACCGGAUCCUGAGGAUCACCGGCUACUACGGCUACAACCCGGGCUACUCCAGCCAUAGAAGAGAGGACGGUUCAGAGUCUCAUGCGGAGACGCCAGGCAGUGAGACCAGCGGAGAGAGCCGGUCCUAUCAGACAUGUACCAACGCAGCUCUGAAGGUGCUGGGUGGUCUGCUGAUGGUGCUGUGUGUCUCCUCCUCCUGGGUGGGCACCACCCAGGUGGUUAAGCUGACCUUCCAGUCGUUCUCCUGUCCUUUCUUCAUCUCCUGGUUCAGCAGCAACUGGAACAUCCUCUUCUUCCCCAUCUAUUACUCCGGACACAUGGUCAUCACACGGGACAAGCAGACCCCCAUACAGAAAUUCAGGGAGUGCAGCAAACUCUUCGGGGAGGAUGGGAUGACUCUCAAGAUUUUGGUGAAGAGGACAGCACCAUUCUCAAUCCUGUGGACACUGACCAACUACCUGUACCUGCUGGCCUUGAAGAAGCUGACCGCCACUGAUGUCUCCGCCCUCUACUGCUGCCACAAGGCCUUUGUCUUUCUCUUGUCCUGGAUCGUUCUCAAGGACCGCUUCAUGGGUGUUCGGAUUGUGGCAGCCAUAAUGGCCAUCACAGGCAUUGUGAUGAUGGCUUAUGCCGACGGUUUUCAUGGCGAUUCCUUUGUGGGAGUGGCUUUGGCUGUGGGCUCGGCUUCAACAUCAGCUCUCUAUAAGGUGCUGUUCAAGAUGUUUCUGGGCAGCGCAAACCUUGGAGAGGUGGCCCACUUCCUUUCCACGAUGGGCUUCUUCAAUCUCAUCUUCAUCUCCUGUGUGCCCCUCAUCCUCUACUUCACCAGGGUAGAGCACUUGGGCUCACUGUCCUCACUGCCCUGGGGAUACUUAUGUGGACUGGCAGGACUGUGGCUGGUGUUCAACAUCUUGGUCCACGUUGGCGUAGUGCUCACAUACCCCAUUCUCAUCUCCAUAGGGACACUGCUCAGUGUGCCAGGCAAUGCAGCUGUGGAUGUUUUGAAACAUGAGGUGAUCUUCAGCGUGGUGCGUCUGGCAGCCACCUGCAUCAUCUGCCUAGGCUUCUUGCUCCUGCUGCUGCCGGAGGAGUGGGACUCGGUCACACUGCGUUUUCUGGCCAACAUCGCGGAUAAGAAGUCGGAGGAACACGGCGAGGAGCUCACGGAGUCCAGUGUCAACACUCGAAGCCGCAGUCGGGCAAAUGGCGCUGUCUCCAUUCCCUUGGCGUGACACGGCCAAGCUCUGCUAGUAGCUUCUGUUAACCAGUCUUGAAGCUGUGUCUGCUCAUGUUCCCUCACUGCCCACCCGGGAGAUGUGGCGGGGUGUUCAGUCCACAUGGACUCUCUUAUCAGGAAGGCAGGGAGUAUUUUCAUGAAUUUUAAAACGGGAGACACUUCAGAGUCUCCACCACUUCACUGCAGGAGGGGGAACAGAGAACAUUUAUGGAUCUUACAAAACUGAAAGGGUGGAAAGUGUUAUUUACUUUCUUGAAGUACUUGCCACGCUCAGCCCCUGUUCUUGCACGCCCCCAAACCAAGAGCUGUGUGUCCUCCCCUGACCUGCUCUGCGGACUGUAUUCUGUGAAUAUAAAUAUUGGCAGGGCGAGUUUGGCUCAAUCUUAUAUGUAUUUAUGAUAUUUAUUUAGAGCUGUAUCAAUAAGAGUAUUAUUUUAAGUCUUAUUGAAUAGUAUUAUAUACAAGAAUGGCAAUUAUACUAUGCGUAAUGUACAGGCUCUUUUGGUUUUAUAAUAAAAGACUUAAACCCCACAUUCAUAGCCGUGUGUUAUCAAUUGUCGUGGUUACUAGGUGAGCACAUGUACGUGGCUGAAUCUGAAGUUCUUAAAUGGUAUUUUAGAACAUAUUUUACAUUUCUUUUUUUUUUUUGUUGACCAAAUCAGUAUCAAAGUUCCACAGGUUCAUCAAGUUAAAUCAGCAGAGUCUGAUUUACUUGAGCUCAGCAAAGAUGAUUCCUAAGACAUUAAAGAUUAGAAUAGAUUUUGC